GUUCCGUAAGCAACUCGACCUAAACAAAUCGCAGAUUUUUAAUAUUUUUUUAAAGUUUCCUGUCCCGAAGCAGCAGAAAACGAGAGCAAACAACAAAAAGCAUGACAACCAAAAAUAGUAUAGUUGCGGAGGAAUUCGUGGAUAACGACGGCGACAAUAGAUGGAUAGACAUUCACAAUAGAUUUUUACAGGAAUGCAAGGAAAAGGAUCCCGACGUGAUCUUUUUGGGCGAUUGCAUCGUCGAGGGCUUACAAUUUACGGAUAUUUGGAAUUCGUUUUUCGGUCCGCUUCACUGCCUCAAUUUCGGGAUCCGCAAUGACAAAGUUGAGAAUGUGCUGUGGCGUGUCGAGAAUGGAACAUUAGAUAAUGUGAAUCCAAAGGUUGUUGUGUUGCAUGUCGGCACGCUGAACACUCAACACUCCGUGGAUCAAAUUGUCGAGGGAAUUGAUCUGAUAAUCAGCCGAAUACGGAAUAAGCUGCCUAAUACUUAUAUAGUUUUUCCGAGUCUACUACCUCGUGGUCACACAAAAAACAAGCUGCGCGAGAAAAACGAGCAAAUAAAUGCCCAACUUGCCGAAAAGUACAGCGGCAAAAAUCGCAUCCAAAUUGUUCGCGUGGAAAAGGGUCUCCUUCAAUCUGACGGCACUUUGUCGCAUCACGACAUGUUCGAUUACCUGAAUUUAACGAAUGCGGGCGCGAAAAAGGUCUUUGAGCCAAUAAGUGACUUAUUAAAUCAAAUUCUCAAUGAAGGCGAGGCCGAAAAGGAUUUGACGCCAUCGGAAUAGCGCCGCUGAGCGGAAAUUUUUUAAAAAGCUUUGUUCCUCAUUUUAAUUUUUCUCAACCAAAAAACUUUUACAUUCUGUUGCAAAAUUGAUUCCUUAAAGAAUUUACACACACGGAGCAUGAUGAUCUUUGUCACAAUUGGCAUUUUUUUAUAAUUUUAAGUAUUUAUUGUAGUAAUUUUAAGGUUAAGUUCCAAAAAAAAAAAUAUUUCUUUUUAAUUUUAAAAUAAAGAAAAAUGAAGAAAUUCAUGAUAAAACAAAACA